CCCCACCUUUCCUCUCCCUCCCUUCGCUGGUCUCUCUCCAUCUCUCUCUCUCUCUCACACAUUCACUCUGCAUCUCUCUGUACUUGGCUACACGCUGUAUGUGUGUGUCGGCUCGUGCACGUCCCGCUCUCUUCAUCAUCUUGCAUCCUCACACCUAAUGGAUUUCUGAACAGGGGUCUCAGAUUAUGUGCUCAAACGCAUGCAUCUCUUUAUCGGCGAUUGUGCCGAUUCCCUGGCAGAUUCGCUCUGAUGGCAUCUGCAGUCACAUUGCUGCUUGCUGGAUUUGAGUAACUCGCUCGGAUACAGAAGCAGACCAGAACACACAGCUUCGCACUAGUUCGCUGGAGUAUGUGGUACUGAGAAUGCUGAAAGAAAGGGGCAUGUGGAACCUAAAGAAAAAGCUUUUAUCUCACCUGGCCUGCAUCGAAUAAUUCACCUUCCAUCCUCGACCGCAGAAGCUACUCUCUGUAACCGGUAGGAUGGUGGCGGUGGAGAUAAGUGGGCACAGCUACCUGGUGGCAUGCUGGCAGCCCAUCCUAAUUCUAAUGCUUGCCACUGUGCUGUCCGGCUCGACCACAGGCUGCCCGUCCCGCUGCGAGUGCAAUGGCCAGGACCGCGCCGUCGUGUGCCACCGUAAAAAGCUGAUGUCAGUUCCUGAGGGUAUUCCGUCUGAGACAAGAUUCCUAGACCUCAGUAAGAACCGUAUUAAAACUAUUAACCCAGAGGAGUUCUCUGGAUUUCCCAGCUUGGAGGAGCUGGAAUUGAACGAGAACACCAUAUCCACCAUCGAACCUGGGGCCUUUAACAACCUGUACAGCUUAAGGACUCUCGGGCUGCGCAGCAACAAACUCAAACUCAUUCAGCUAGGGGUGUUCACCGGCCUCAGUAACCUCACCAAGCUCGAUAUCAGUGAGAAUAAAAUAGUUAUCCUGCUAGACUAUAUGUUCCAGGAUCUCUAUAAUCUACGCUCCCUGGAAGUGGGCGACAACGACCUGGUGUUUAUAUCCCACCGAGCUUUCCAUGGCCUCAGUAGUCUGGAGCACCUGACCCUGGAGAAGUGCAACCUGACCUUUGUUCCUACAGAGGCCUUUGCCCAUUUGCACAGCCUCAACACUUUGUGUCUGCGCAACCUCAACAUUAACAUCAUCCGAGAUUAUUCCUUCAAACGCCUUUCACGUCUGAAAGUCCUGGAGAUCGCUAAUUGGCCGUAUCUAGACACGAUGACUACUAACUGCUUGUACGGUUUGAAUCUCACUUCCUUAACGAUCACAAAUGCGAAUUUAACUUCGAUCCCGUACGUGGCACUUCGGCACCUGGUUUACCUGCGAUUCUUAAACAUGUCUUACAACCCCAUUGUAAUCAUUGAGGGCAAUAAACUCCACGACCUUCUCAGACUACAGGAGUUUCACUUGGUUGGUUGUAGACUGGCUAUGAUAGAGCCUUACUCGUUCAGAGGGCUCAAUUAUCUAAAAAUCCUGAACGUGUCAGGGAAUUCUCUAACUACCUUGGAAGAAUCGGCUUUCCACUCAGUGGGGAACCUGGAGACCCUGGUGCUUUAUGACAACCCUCUGGCAUGUGACUGCAGGCUUCUCUGGGUGUUCCGUCGCAGAUGGAGACUGAACUUCAACCGCCAACAGCCCACGUGCGCCUCACCUGAGUUCGUCCAGGGAAAAGAGUUCAAAGAUUUCCCCGACAUCUUACAGCCUAAUUACUUCACAUGCCGCAAAUCGAGAAUCCGUGACCGCAAAGCACAGCAGACGUACGUAGAUGAGGGGACCACUGUGCAUUUUACCUGCCAGGCAGACGGCGAUCCAGCGCCAGUUAUCAUGUGGCUUUCCCCACAAAAGCACUUCAUCACCCCAAAAACGAUAGGAAGGCUUACCAUGUUUGCUGACGGUACUUUAGAGGUGCGCUACGCUCAAAUCCAAGACAAUGGGACAUACAUUUGUAUCGCAAGUAACGCCGGGGGAAAUGACACUGCAGUUGCUCACCUUCACGUCCACAGCUACUCCCCCGACUGGCCCAACCAGCCCAACAAAACCUUUGCUUUCAUUUCUAACCAGCCCAGUGACAUUGGAGCCAAUGGGACAAAGGCUACGGUCCCUUUCCCUUUCGACAUCAAGACACUCAUUAUCGCCACCACCAUGGGCUUCAUCUCCUUCCUCGGCGUAGUAUUAUUCUGUUUGGUGCUGCUGUUUCUGUGGAGCCGAGGGAAAGGAAACACCAAGCACAAUAUCGAGAUCGAGUACGUCCCACGCAAAUCAGAUGCAGGACUUAGCAGCGGGACGGCUGACGCACCUCGCAAAUUCAACAUGAAAAUGAUUUAACCGGGGCAAGGAGUGUUAAGGAACAAGCAAAUACCGAACGACUGCGAGUAAAACAUGAAACCUACCCCACGAUGAACCAUUGGACCCUGGAACGUUCUUCUAGAGGAUGUGUUUAUGAUGUUGUGUGUUUGAUGUUGAAAAAGGGGAGAAAUAUCUUUGUGAUGACAUUUUUUGCUUGGAUUUCAGGGACCAUUUCUUGAAAGACAAUUUUGUUGUCCCAAAAAAAAAACCAACAACAAAAAAAACCCCAAAACAAUCGAAGUGGAAUUUUAUGGGCAAAAUUGAAAAAACUAAUGAACCCUCCUCAAUGUUCGUGUGAGCCGCAAAACCACAAAAGAUCAUUGUCCUCCUUUGCCUGCAUUGUCUAAUUGUAUGAUUUCUUUUUUUAAUAAUCCAGCGGUGACAGUUUGAUCAUACAGCAGCAGUAGACAUUUCUGGGUUGAUAAGCACAUUAACGAGUUUAGCGCUAUGCUAAAAAUACCCUUUGUUUCAAAAUGAUCACUGCCACACUCCUUGAAUAUCGCUGGUAUCCAAGUCAAAUGUACAGAGAGAUUCUUAUAAGGCGAAAGUGUCUUGACAUCCUUUAAUAUUCAUGUGAGAAUUUUUUCAUUUUGUUUCUUUCAUUUGUUUGUUAAUAUUUAUGGAGACACAAAACGAAUAGCUAAGAAAGUGCUUGAAUAAUUUUUCCAAUUAGAAUAUAUUCAAAUCAAUUUAUUGAUCGGUGUGGUGACUAAAGAAUGAGUGAGUGAAGCUGCAUCACUUUCGCCUUCCAUUCAGUACGGUUUCUUUUCAGCUCUGUGAAGCUUUGGAUUACCGGUCUGUUACGCAUUCGGAAACCGAAUGUGAAAUCGAAUCAUACAGAUUCUAUGCAUAAUUAACCAUUUUAUCCAUGACAUAUCGAUAUCAUUGCAUAUUUUUUUAAUUUCUUGCCCGAGCAAAAAUAUAAAAAGGUAUUAUGUAAAUUGAGGAAAAUGUACAUGCAAGGGUUAGGCUUUUAAAGUCUAUGACACACUAUCAAGCUCCGAUAUGGAAAUAUGGAAAUGUGCCCCCUGCAGAGGGGAGCGUGAAUUACAGGAGAGAGAUUAUUUGCCCUACUAGAUAGAAGGAAUUUCAAGAUACAGUGUUGACAUGAAAAAAAGGGUUAAAAUGACUAAUACUUAGUUUGUAUUUAGUUUUUAACAAACUAACAAAUUGUAAAACAUUAUUUGUAGGUUGUUAAAGGGCAUUCAUACUGUAGUACGUUUAUAAGCAUUACUUAAAUAGUUUAUAAUCCCAAGGUGGAGAGUUUAAAGACUUUGAUAUCAACUUUAAGGUGAAACUACCUUCCUUACUACAAAGAACAUUUUCAGAUUUAUGACAACUACGAUGUGCUUUUUUUUUACCAUCCCAUUCUACAUUUAGUCUCCAUGUGCUGUUAUGAUAAUCUUCACUCUUCUGAUGAUGUUCCACUAGAUUUUGGAGUGUACUUUUGGAGAUUUGUGCUCAUUCAGUUAUAAGGGUUUUAGUAAAGUCAGAUACUGUUGUAGGUGGUGUGAAAAGGCCUGGGGAUGAUGUUCUAAUUCAUCCCAAAGGUGUCCAGUAGGGGGUCAGAGAUCUAUAGCGGGAGAUCUUCCACUUCAACCCAUGUAGAGCGUAAAUUCACCGAGCUGGCUUUGUGCACAGGAGCAUUGUCACGCUGGAACAGGUUAGGCGUCUCCUAGUUCGGUGAAGGAGAAAUUUCUUGCUCCCGAUUCCAGACACCUACAAUAUUUGUAAGCGUUCCGCAGAAAUGGAAGUUAUGAAGUACAAACAUUUGUUCAAACCAGACUCGUUAUUUUAGUUUUAAUCAAUUUGGUGACGUGAUCGAUAUUUGUUUCCUUCUAAAUGCGCCGUUUUCAUCACAUCAACCUGUUUCUUGUUCAUUUCCUGUCUCUCUCACACCACAGACUAGUUUCUAAAGCUCAUAAUGAGCAGGCAGAAGGCAUUAGAAGUCUGGCGUUAACGUGGCUGAAACAGAGGGAGUCAGGGAUGGAAACAUGACUGAGAACUGAGACAUUCCUGAUCAGCUGAUCAUCUUCUUUUCUCUCUGUAUAUUUCUCCAUAUUAAUAUGACGUGAGGUUCAGUUACCAGCGUGACACUAAAACAGGUGGUAAUAAUGACUGCUUUUUACUGAAGAACAUGUCAGAGCCCAAACUUUUUACUUUAACUUGAGUGAAAAAGUGCAGUCAGAACUUCAACUUUUCUAGAGACUUUUAAAACAUGAGUUUCUGUACAUCUACUGAGUGAAUUGCCAGGUGUCCCAAUGCUUUUGUCCAUAUUGAUACAUUAAAGGCAUUACAUUUGACGUCUACACAAGUCCAUUACAAAGUAGAUUAAAUAAGAAAAGCCAAAUAGUAAAGAGAACAGGCUGAAAGUCGUUUUUUUUUCUUUUAGGUAAAGGCAAAAUUGGUAUUAGAAUUCUUAUAAAAUUCCGACAUCAAUAUGAGAACGCUUAAAAUAAGUACUCCAAAAAAAAAAAAAGUUCCUGUAAGCAGUGUAGAGAAAAUCAUGUGAUAGGUUAAGAAAAGCCUGUGCUAAAGCUUUGUUUGGGAUCCUGACACAAAUCGGAGCAUAGGAAGUCGAAGUUUAACGGGGCGAUGUGUAUUUGCUUACAGAUUACAAUAAAAGGAAACGUCUAAACAUCUCUCAGCUCUUUCCAGUUGUUCUGAUUGCAUACUGAAGCUCAGCUCUAGCCGUCCCCGACUAGGAGCAGAUAUUUAGUGGCUAGCAUUAAUUAUAUAGACACUGAGCAGUGAGUUAUAUUAAAAACACAGCCUAGGUAGCUAGGAUACCUUACAGUAAAGUCAAUUUAAUCACUUGUAAUCUGCAACCUUUUGUCUUAUGAAGGUAAAUACUGCAUUAGCACUGCACAGUCACAGAUACCAGCCAUGUGCUCAUAGUCUUGCUGACUAGCUAAUGCUAACGUGCGAUGUGUACGAUCGUUUGACGCAUCUCUUAGAGGAUCCGUAACACGAUCCAGUGAAACCCCAUCAACCUGAAACCCAAGCGCUUCACGGUGUAUCCAUUAGAGUGCUAAUAACUGCCCAAUUUGACUGAAUUGAUUCACAAUAAAUAUGCGUCCAUUUGUGAGACUACUAGAAAGACACGUCUCCACUUCGUUCGUCUCAGUAUGAAUUUUCAUCCUUCUCUUUUUCUUCUGUGUCCAUUUUGGCCAAUAGCAGCCCAUUGAAUAGUUCUAUAGGAUUACCAACAAACCUAUAAAUUGUAAAAUAAAAACUAAAUUAAAUAAAAAAAUGGACACAGGUUUUUCUGGUCAGAAGGUUGUGAGUUCGAAUCCCAGCGACACCACUGUCGUAGCUCAGUGAUAAAAGGGGUUUUUGAUCGGAGGAUUGAGCACUGGUAUCAUCAAGCUAACACUCUUAGGGCCCCUGAGCAAGGCCCUUAACCCUCUGUGCUCCAGGGGUGCUGUAUCAUGGCCGACCCUGCGCUCUGACCCUGCACUCUGACCCCUGGCAUCGUAGAAAUAAAACAUCAGCGCGCGUUGUGGUUCACCCAGAACGUUCAGCAAACGCAAUCCGGAUUCAACGAAAUUCGAGGAGCUGAAAGGAGCCGUACUCUUGUAGCUAUAUGACUCAUUCACGAGAUAUUAGCCAGCAGGUCUUACAAACCUCGCUACUGUAUGUUUGGUCUUGAAGUGAUGGAGUGACACCGGUUUUGGCAUCAGCAAUGGCGUUUUUGUGUUUACAUAACACCUCUGGGUGUCUUUUUCUUUUUGGAUCACAAGCUUUCAAAUUUCAUCCUUGUCGCAGUUUAGUGAGUCUGGACAAGCAUUCAGCGAGUCACAGAAUGAGUGAGUAGAUAAGCAUUGUUUUUUUAUUUUAUUUUUUUUAUUAAAGUUAAUGUGAUUAACAACCCUGAUGUUCCUGCUGUUUGAAAUCGAUUUGCUGCGACUAAAAAAAAAAAUGUCUAGAAUCUAUCCAGUCUAUCUUCAUUUGAAUAAACCUUCCUAAAAAUACCUUUUUUAAUAGAAUCUUUUUAAUAUAUAUAUAUAUAUGUAAAAUGAAAUACUUUUCCAUACUAAUAUGAGUUGCACAAAUACAAGAAUUGAGUGAAUACUGAGUGUGAUUCGGGCUUUCCAGGAGAGUGUAUGUUCGUGAUGUACUUACCUUAGUGAAAAUCUUUUCAUGUGGGAUGUCAGAGCUUUGUGGAUGUGAGAUGGAUAAAGCUGGAUUGAGUGUCGGUUUAUAGACAAAGUGGGUUAAAUGCCAGAGCAAUUACUUUGUUGCUCUUAUGCUGAUGGGAUGCACAGAUGAUGGAGGAGCACAGAUGGUUUCACUUCUUACCUUGAACAAAAAUUCUAUUCACAUUCAAUAGCGAAAUUCUCCGACAUCCUCGCCUUGUUUGUUGAUGCUUUUAUUUUGUUUUAUUAUUUAUUUAUUUAUAUAUAUUUUUUUUAUGUUUGAAUCCUUCAAACCUACUGUGCUCAUCCUGUGCAAGACCCCUUUCUGAAAAAAAAAAAAAAAGGAAAUCAAAAAAUGCUAUACUCAUUUAUUUCUAACCUACAGCCCCAGAUGUGAAAUAAUGUGGUCCACAAUAUUCUUUUAUAUUAGGGGAAAAAAAAAAAGUGGGAAAAAAAUUGUUCAGAUUGUUUUGUGCAAUAAAAAGUAAUAUGCA